AUGUUAUUAUCAUUAUUAAUAUCCUCUUUUGCCCUUUCUAUCUGUCCGUUUGUCAUCUAUCUAUCUAUCUAUCUAUGUAUCUAUCUAUCUAUCUAUAUAUAUAUCUAUCUAUUUCUUAACAUGCUCCUUCUCCAUUACUUCUUUGCCCCUCUCCUUCUCCCUAUCUACCAAGGUGCAUCUUUUUCUUUUCUUUCUUCGUAUUCAGAUCUAUUCUUUCUUUAUUCGAUUACCUUUUCCUUGUUGUUAUUUCGCCUCGUCGUUCUCUUCACUUCAUUUUCUUUCGCAGUGAUUUUCCACGUUCCCUGUCUUCCAAUCGAUCACACGUUCUUCAUCGCUUUACGUUUUCUUUUCGCUUUUCAUAUCUCAAUUUGUUCAGCUCUUCUCUAUCGCCAUUACAAUUUCUUGAUCCACAUUUUACCGAUCAAAUUCUUCUCCUUCAAUUUUUUCUUCGUCAGUAAUUUUCCCGGCACUUCUUUAUUCUCUACCUCGUUGUCAUUAUGUACGACUACAUUUUUUCUUUUACUUCUUCAUUUGACCAUAAAUCUCUCCUCUUCCAUUUUUUAUAAUCGUUCUUUUUUGGCUAUUUUCUCGUCACUUUUCGACUUCCUUUCCGUGAUAUACUCGUCAUUAUCACAUUUUUCCAUUUCUCUUCAUUCCUCAUUUAUUCUUUCUUCUCGAGUUAUUUCAUUUAUAUACCAUAAAUAUUUUUUUCAUACAGCUCAUCCUCGUUUUUGCUCAUCUAUUUUUCCCCCAAUUUUUUCGUUCAUCAUUAGUCUGCCCUCUUUUCUUCUUUUUUAA